AUGAGAUCGAAAACUCCAACGGCGAAAUCAUGCAUGAUCGUUGUCAGCCUGCAGAUUAUUGUUGCAGCUCUUUUAUUCAUUCUUUACUACAGAGCUCAGUUCUGGGCAGUUUCAGCUUUCGAAUACCACCAGUAUGUACGCUGCGGGAGCGACUUGGAUGAACUCGACGCCCGCUGGAAGAAGCUAGAGGAAACUCGCCACGCGGAAGCGACCAUGGUCAGAAAUAUCAUGAAGACGGAAAAAAGAAAAUGCGCAUCUGGGGCUUUCUUCAUUUCCGUCUUUUAUACGACUUGUAUGACGAAUGGAUUCUGGGUACUGCAAGUUUAUCCGCUCAUGACGGCGAUCGUUCAAGCGCUCAUUGUUUGGUACCUCCAGCGAGGCCCAUUGACGGAGAAAACGUUUAGAAAGCCAGCAUUUGUCACGUGUUUGCUCAGUUCAUUGAUUAUGGUCUCUCUAAAUGCCGUUAACUUGAUCACUUCAUGCUUCUGUCUAUCUAACGUUUCGUCAAUGUCUCAUGACUCCUCCGGCUGCGGAAAGGCCUCCUGUGGGAUGGAAGCGAUAUCUUCGUUGAUUGCCACUGGUACGAGCGCCAUGGUAGCCGGUUUCAUCGUUUAUGCUUAUAUGACGAGAUUACGCCAGCUGGAUCAUGCGCUUCAGGAGCUGAAAAAUAAAUCUGCACACGAAUCGAAUCAGGAACUUGAUGAAAUUUCGACAAAUAACAUCCCAUUCCUAGCUGGCGCCAAGAUCAAGACUGAACCUGGCCGGCGAGUCAGAUGA